AUGGAACUUAUGCAGCUGAAGCAAGGUUCCUUGUCAGUGGCAGACUACACAAGCAAGUUUGAGGAGCUUUGUAGGUUUUCUAGGGUAUGUCAAUGUGCCCCGGAGACCUACGAGAGUUGGAAGUGUAUCAAGUACCAAAGAGGCUUGAAGGACAACAGUAUGACUGCUAUGGCUCCUAUGGAGAUUCGUACCUUCUCCGACUUGGUGAAGAAGGCUAGAGUGGUGGAAGAGUAUGCCAAGACGGUAGCUUCAUCCAAGGAGACUCACAGAGGGAGUUCUAGUCGGGGACAUGACAAGUAUUUCCAUCCGAGGGGUCAAAUUUUCAAGAGAGGAGGAUAUGCGCCUCAAGGUCAAGGAGGCUUCAGAAAGAAUACUCAGGAUCAGUUUCAGCGUGGCAAAGGGAGAGAAAAUCAGAGUGGUUGCUUCAACUGUGGGUUGCCUGGCCACAUUGCGAGGGAUUGCACCCGUGGAAGGAACCCGAACGCGGGCCAGAGUCAGCAUCAGGGACGAGUUUUUGCUGUGAACGCCAUGGAUGCUUCUAAGGCAGAUCUGUUGAUGAGAGGUAUAUGUCUAAUUAGUGAUAAAAUCUUAAUUGCAUUAUAUGAUACUGGAGCAUCGCAUUCGUUUAUUUUGUUUGCUAAAGUUGAGGAACUAGGCUUGAAAGUGUCAGAGUUAGCAUUUGAUUUGCAUGUACAUACUCCGCAUCAGACAGUUAUGACUAGGUCAGGGUGUAGGCAAGUAGGUUUCAAGUUUGAGGGUAGAGACUUCAUGCAUGAUUUGAUCUAUUUACCAAUGGUUGGGUUGGAGAUGAUAUUGGGGUUUGAUUUGCUGUCGAAGAACCGAGUUUUGUUGGAUUGUUUUGAACGGUUGAUUCAGUUUAUGCCGAAAGGAGAAAAUGGAGCAGUGAUAGCUGACGGGUAUUACUUGAACUCUGUAAUGGUGCACUGUAGUGGGGAGGAGUGUCAAGGUUAUAUCUUGUUGACUGCUAAUGUGUUAGGUGAUGCCCAGAACAUAGAUCAGAUUCCGGUGGUUAGAGACUUUUUGGAGGUAUUCCCGGAAGAUAUCCCUGAGUUUUCACCUCAAAGGGAGAUUGAAUUUGGAUUGAAUUGGUGCCUGGAGCUGGACUAG